AUGAUAAUAUCGAUUCUACCAUUGCUCCUUCUUCUUCAGUUGGCAUGUUCAUUAGGAAUUGAUUCCGAGGCAGUGACGGAUUUUUCGAACCAUAAACUGGAUUCUUUGUGCGAUAUUGGCUGCAAAUGUCCGGAAGAAGAACAGGCAAUGGAAUUCCUGGACUGCAGCCGUUUGGGAAUCAACAAACUUCCAGACAUGCUUCAGUUUCCGUCAUCAGUCACCAAGAUCAGUUUUCGCGCGAAUCGCAUCACUUCACUUCCAGUAAGCACAUUCUCCAGGACCGAUUCCAUCGAAGAAAUGGAUUUAUCACUGAAUAAGAUCGCCAGGAUUGACAACUUCACGUUCACACCGUUCAGCUCUUUGACUCAACUGCAGCUCUCGCACAACAUGCUGUCGGAAGUGGACUCUGAAUUGCUGCAGGGUCUGUCCAACCUAUUGGUACUGGAGUUGGGGCACAACAAAAUUCAAAAGUUGUCUUCCACAAGUUUCCGAAACAUUCCGAAUAUCCAGGAGCUGCGACUACAGUACAACCCGAUUUUUGAGUUGCCAGAGCAACUACUACAGUUCCUUCCUCGACUUCAGAAACUUGAUCUCCAAGAGACUGGAUUAGUAAAACUACCAAGCAAUAUUUUCCUCUCUACGCCUCGAUUGCAGUGGUUGUCGCUUUCAAAUAACGCAUUUGAGACUGUGCCCCAAAGUGCCCUUUCGAAAGCCCCCUUGCUGGAGAGACUGGAUUUGAGCGGAAACGAUUUCAGAAUUUUAGUGGAAGGAGCCUUUCAAGGAAUGCCCAACAUCACAAUAUUGUUCCUCAAUAGCCUACCGCGUCUUUUAAGCAUAGAAAAAAAUUCCCUAGCGGGAUUGGACAAGCUGAAGAUAUUUGGCUGCAGUUACAAUCCGAAAUUGAAAUUCAUCCAUGAAGAUGCAUUUGGAACUGCAAAUUCGACCGCUUUUGGAAGGAAAACUCCGCCACGAGAGCAGCUACAUCUACGACAAAAUGCCCUCAGAACUCUACAAGCACCUUUGGAGAAAGAAUCUUUGCCAUCGCUCAGCUUCGUGGACUUAACAGAUAAUCCAUGGCAUUGUGAUUGCAAUUUAGAUUGGAUGGCUUUCUUAAGAGAAGAACAUCAAAAAAAUGUAAUAUGUCAAAGCCCUGCCUAUUUGAAGGGAAGAUCAUUCGACACCAUCGCACUCGCCGAGUUGAAAUGUGAAGACAAAUUGAAUAAUCUUGUAUUCAUCACAGUCAUCUCCUCUAUGGUAGCUUUUGCGGUUGUCAUGAUUGGUUUAUCAGCCGUGGUGUUCUCAAGGUCAAGAGUCGGCCUUUUUGUUCGAGCCAAAAAGCAAUUUUCCUACGCUAAGGUAAUACCCGGCACAGAAACUGUUGAUUUGGAGUGGGAUCCUUCUGCUGAAACCUGAUUCCACGACUCCACAGAACCUUUGAUUUUAUCGAUGAAAGUAUUUUAGCACUUUUGUGGUUUUAAAGUAAUUUGAUUAACCGAUUGUAAACCUAAAUACAGUAGACUCUCGUUUUACACGGGGGUAACCUUUCACAGAAAUGCCACGUAAAUCAAAACCACGUAAAUUGUCUUAAUAGUAGUGUUAAAAUAGGGGUUAGGUUUCAUAGAUUAAAAAAAAACCACUUUAUUCUAGUAAUAGAUAAAUAUAGUAAAUUUAAUGUGUUCUUAUUCCAAAUGAGUUUACUCUUGUCUUACUUACUACUUGUUUAUAAAAAAAAGAGCUGGUUAUGAAAGUCUUUUUGCAUAUAAUAAUUUUUCUCAGUAGCUCUUUGUGGGGCAUUAACGUAUCCAGGAUCAUUCACGUCAUUUUCGUAACGGGAUCUUCCUUCACUAACUAAUCAGAAAGAUCAUUAGUAAUUGUCACGGAAUCGCUCAAAACUUUCAAUGUGAAAGAUUUUAGUUGUGUCUCAUUGAUAUCGGUAUCCUCGUUGGUUUCGUUCUCCUUGUCACUUCCAAAAGCUCUUCUUCCAGUGAGCUCUGAAUUGUGGGGGUUUAAUAUUUUCAAUUAUGGAAAGAGCUCUGGAACCAAUAGUAAAAAAUGUCUCCAGUGGCCUAAGCUUGCUUAUUAGCCCUCCAAGAUGCAUUUUACUAUGUGUAAUCUGAAACCUCAAGAGUUAGGAUUUUGAAAAUAGGGGAAAAUUUUAUCUGUUUGCAUUGUCCCAUCCACGUUUAAAACCAAAACUCAUUCGCGCAAAAUAAAGUAAAGGUGUCGAAUCUUAAACCUGCAUAAAAUACACCUGCAUAAAAUGAGGGGUUUACUGUAUAGCAAUUAGAAAAACAAAGAUUUUCUCUAUAAAAAACUGAAAUUCCUGACAGAGAUUUGCAAUGGUAUGAUAUCGUGCAACGCAUUAGUACUUAAUAGAUCACAUAUUUUGUAUAAUUAAAAAGCGACCAAGUAAAGGGCACUAAUUUGCAACAAAAAUUGAAUGCAUACAAUUCGCGGUUAUGGAAAAAAAAAUGUAUCUAAUGUUUCCCUAUACAUAAAACAUGUUUGUUCAAAAUGUUUUAUGUAUGACUUGUCAACAUGUGCUUGUUCAACAUGUAGUACCUUGCUGCUUCGAUUUUUUUCAAUCAACAGUCAUUUGAAUUUGAUGACGAGCUAUUACAUUUAAUAAUGUUACAAAAUAUUUGGUAGCCCAAAAAUGUUUUCAGGAAAUAACUUGGUUUUUGAAUUUUUUUCUCUCCAUUGGUUGUUUGUCAUUUUGCUUUUUCAUUGAACUCUUUGCCAGAGGCGUCCAAAAUUAAAAUGAGCUCCCUUCAUUGUGGUACUAACCACACUAAACAUCAUUAACCUUCCAUCAGUUCAAUGAGCGCCCAGUUUCUUCAGCUGAAGAAGUUGACAAUUUAAAAAUUGAAACAACCAUCAAUCAAAGAUUUUUUUGAAAUUUCAUGUUUUUUAAAAAUUAUAUUUUAAAUAGUUUUCCCAUUUAAAAAAUGGGGGGGGGGGGGGGCAGCUGCUCAAUCUUGCGUCUUCUGGAUUUGCCCAAGUCCUUGCUUAUGAUUUAGUUUACGAUUGGUUAUAUUAGGAUGUUUACCUUGAAGUUAAACAGAAAACGGCAUAAGAAAUAUUGCUAAGAAAUGCUUCAUUCAAAAACACACAACCAACAGUAUUUUAACAUUUAAUCAUAUUAUUUAUAUAGAUACUAUUCUUGUAUUCUUUUCCUGGAGUAAAAAUGUUAUUUAAUGGAAGAGUCACGUUUUACGCUGUAUUUUUAUUCAUCGACAUACUUUUUAUUUAUUAAAUAAAGUUAUUUUGAAAUCAUUAAGCUGUUCUGUUAUCAUCAUAUUAUGUUCAUUAUGUUCAUUUAGUAAUUUUCUGAUUAACAUAAAUACAUAAAAGUUGCAUUUCAAAAUUUAAAAGGGAAAUUAUAAGCUUGAAGUAAAACAACAUCAAUCAUAACAGAAAACAAAAAGUAGAAAGGAGACUUUUGUUAGUAAAACAGCAAAGCUAGAGUGCUUUAAAAGUAGGUAACCUAGAAUUGGAUGGUUUCCCAUUUUUCAAGAAUAGGUUUUUCUGAGAGAGCAUGGUCGAAAACAUGGGAUAAGUUACUUUUUUUCUUAAUUUUGACUUAUUUUUUCUCUUAAUAAAAAUAAUCUUAAACAACAUUGAGCUAAUGUUUUCAUUUUUGCUGCUGACAUUUCAAGUGAGCAAAUCGCUAGAAAAAUGUCCUAAUUCUGAAGUUCAGGACACUGCCAAAUUUUGCCAAAUGAUUAUUUUAUUUAACUAACAAUUCUUGUUUAGCUAAUAAAUUGCUUGUGGUGAAAACAAAUCAUUAAAAGGCAAUAUCUUUCCAGAAAAGACAACAAUGUGUUCCGAUUCAAGGUGGCUUUCAUCACUUGUGACAUCACAUGAUGAAACAUUUUGGUAAAAAAUCAUACAUUUAAAAAGAUUAGUUAAAAAUUAAAUGUUGGGAAAAUUAAAGUAUUUUCUGCAUCCAUACUAUUUUAAUUUAUUCAUUUAUUUAUUUUUUGCUUAUUCUAUCAAUUUCAGUAACUAAAAGUAGUACUUUUGAACGAAGGAAACAUCUUCAUUGGGAAAACAACUUAAAACUGUUUAUGAUUAUUAUUAUUAUGCAACAAAACGGUUUUCCAUUCAGCUUGGUACAGCUUAUACAUGCAUUAUUUAAUUAUUUAUGUAUGCAAAUUAAUGCUGCAGCAACUAUGUAUCUCAUAAAUAACUCACAGACCAGCAAACACUAUUUUUUGUUUAAGCAAGCAUAAGAAAUGUUAUGUCAAACUUAAAUUUUUUUUAACAAAAUUUUUUUUCAAAAUGUAUACUUAGCAGAUGAUAACAGAGAGUGAACAAUUUAAUGAGCAUGCAACAACAGAAUGUCUACAGAAUCUCAAAAAAAAAAAAAAAAAAAAUGUUACCUUUUUGGGCUUUUUUCGUGGCCUUCUCAAAACACCUGUAGUUUUACAUGACAGUGUGAUUUUACAAAUACAAUACAAAUACAAACAUGGUGACCAGCAACAGGCUCUUGGCCCAGCUAGGCUUAACAUACUAUUUUGAAGUACUACAAUAGAUAAUUACAAAAAACAUAGAUAUCUUUUAGUUGUUUUUACAAAUAACACAAUUUGAAGCAAAUUGACAGAAGAAAAAUAUCCUAGUUCUGAAGUUUAGUAAAAAGAUGAACUUAAUUGUUAGUAAAACAAAUGAAUCAUACAAUACCUUAGUUAAAAACUUUUUACAAGUUUAAACAACUAACUAAAAUUAAAAGUUUAAAAAAACCCCCAACUGGGUCACAAAUACAGAAUUAAGAGGGAAAAUUGAAAAUCCUCUUAAAAGCCUUGUACUUUUAAAAAUCAAUUACAAGUAUUUUAUUCCUUGACAUAUAGAAACUGGCAGCAGAUAAAAAUUUUCAAUAAUCACGUUUAAUUUCUUUGUCG